GGGAUCGGCGUUGCCAUGGAGUUGGUGGCACUUGGUGGCACUCGCCCUCCUGAGCCCAAUAAAAGCCGCCCCUUGGCCUGGUGAGGGCAGUGCUGUGCAGGGAUCAGGGCCACGAUGCCGCGUGUCCCACAGCUCCCGCUGCUGCUGCUGCUGCUGGCGGCCCUCACUGCCACCACCCAGGGACAGACCGCGGGCUCUCGGCAGCUGCAGCCGUGGCUGAUCGGUCUCACGGCGGUGGUGGUUUUCCUAUUCGUGGUUUUCGUGCUGCUGCUGGCCGGGCGGCUUUGGCGACUGCGGACGCGCAGAGAACGCGAGGACGACUCGGAGAAGCGGUCGACCCACAGCAUGGAGCGCGCAGCCUACAGCAACGCCGCGGCCGAGAAAGACAGCGACGACGAACGGGAGAAGAGCAAAGCCACGUCGCUGUGACACGCGUGGGCUUCCCGGGCUGCUCCGUUCCGCGCCGCGUUUUGCGGAGCUCCGUUCGGCCGACGGCAAAACCCGGAGUGGAUCAAUGGAUCGGAGCGGGAUGGAGCGCGGG